AUGACCCCAGAAGAAGAGAACCUGCGAGAAUUAUUCGGCUUAGACUUCACGAUAGAGAAGCUUACUGGUCCUAAUUUCUGGAGAUGGCGGAACGGUAUCCUCAAGGGGCUUGCUCGCCUGGGUCUUGAUGACCUCGUCCUGUCGGCCAACUCUGCCAUGCCUCAUGAUGAAGAUUUCAAGCUCAAGAAGAAGCGCGCCGCCCUUUUCAUCAUGGUCCAUCUUGACCGAGAAAACGGCUCCCGAUUCGUUGAGGAACUCGGCAGAUUUGAACCCAAGGAGCUGUGGGCUGAUAUCUGCGCUUACUACGCUUCUCCGACUCGUGCGAACGCCUUCGAUCUCAUAAGGCGUCUCGACGCAAUCCGAUUCGUUGAAGGCAGCAUCCAAGAAUCGAUCACCGAAUUUCGGGACACCUUCAGCCUCCUCCGCCAAGUUUCGCGCUCCUUUUUUGACCCAAAAACUCUGGAAGUCCAUUGGAUCGUCUUCAUUCGAAUGAGAUUACCGGUCUGUCUCAGUGAUGUGGGAUCAAGCAUGAUAAAACGAAAUCAGCUCGCCGAUAUAUCCCUCGACAACUUUCUACUUGAGCUCGAAGGUGAAGUGAGGAGACAAGAGCGUGGCCAUCAGCUUGGCCUUGCCCCAGCUGUCCAAUGCAUCCGCAAAACUGCCCCUCAGUCCUAA